AUGGAGCACCUCUCCCUGAGCGAUCCUCCUGCACACCCCUCUUCGCCACGGAGACAGGGCCAAUCACAACAGCACACACAUAAGCAGCAGAAUGCCGUAUUUCCAGGCCCGUCGGCGCCGCCUCAAGGCCCGCCUCAGCUCCCGCCACAGAUGUUCACCACGGCGGCUCAAUUGCUAGAUUUAACAGAUAAGAAACUUCUCCUCGUCCUUCGUGACGGGCGGAAAAUCUUCGGCGUCCUGCGCAGCUGGGACCAGUUCGCAAACCUUGUCCUCACCGACACAAGAGAGCGGUACUUCGUGACAGUCCCGCCCUCGGUCUCGACAAAUCCACACACCGACACCACGAUCACACCUUCCGAGUCGCAACAACAUGCACGGAAUCUAUACUGUGAUAUCCCCCGCGGGACAUUUCUAGUCAGGGGCGAGAAUGUGCUUCUGCUGGGGGAGGUGGAUCUCGACAGGGAUGAUGACCCGCCGCCUGGCUAUGAGGAGGGUGAUGUGGAGGAGGUGUUCCGCUUGCAAAAACAGGCGGAACAAGAGAGGAAGCAGAGAGAUAAAGCGAGGGGGAAGAGAACUGCUUGGAGGGAUCCAGAGGGGAGCGGGGAGGUGCUUUUCUAA